AUGUUGAGAAGUGCUAAAUCGCUGCCUACCAUCGGCGCUGUCUACCGCCAGACCAUGCAGAAGGAGGUCUCGAAUGCCUCUAGAGGAUUCGCUCAUCAAAGACCAAAACCUGGUUUCUCCAAAGACGAUCUGGCUGUCCGUUCAAACAAGAUUUUCUCCCAAGUGUCUAUGAGGAGCGUCCAUCAGACCUCCAAGACUCAGCUGAUCAUGGAUCUCGGAUCUAGCGGCAAGUACGCAUCGAUGAACCUCCAAGGCCUCAAAACUGAGUGCAAACGCAGAGGCCUCAAGGUGUCGGGACGUAAGAUCGAUCUCGUGCAAAGACUGAUCCAGAAUGAUACAUCCUCUAUUUCUCCUCCUGUGAUGAGCAGAACCAUCACGACGAAGGCCAAGACUGCCACGCCGGUUAAAGCAGCACAGAAAGCCACCAAGACGCCUGCGCGAGAGCUGAGCUCCACUGUCUCCAAGCAGGCCAAGGGCGACAGCUCCACGAUCGAUUUCUACAAGGUGCCUCAAAAAUCGUACCCGGUGCCGGACGGCAGACCGCCAAUGAAGGUGCCCUCGCUCUCGACCAAGGCCUCGCUCAAGGACCCAGCUCCCGACACGAAAAAUGCUGCCGAGGCCGUUCUCCAGGCCGUCGACUCGGCCCCAAUCAGCAAGAGCGGCCAGGUCCUGCAGACCACAGCAGAACAAAUCCACGGAGCUGCCGAAAAAAGCCGCAGCGACACCCUUUUCUUUGGCAUUUUUGGGCUGCUAACACUGGGAUGGUGGUCCCAGAAGAGCAAGGACGGUAGACAGUAA